AUGGUUGAUAUAAGAAAAAAACCUAUUUGGCUUGAUUGUGAUCCUGGACAUGAUGAUGCAUUUGCUAUUAUUCUAGCUGCAUAUCAUCCAUCACUUGAAUUAAUUGGUAUUUCAACUGUUGUUGGAAAUCAAACACUUGAUAGAACAACACAAAAUGCAUAUAAAGUUGCUUAUAUAGCUGGUCUUUCAAAUAAUAUUCCAAUAAUACCAGGUUGUGGAGAAUCACUUUGCCAACAUGUUGUGACAUGUCCAGAAGUUCAUGGACAAACUGGUUUAGAUGGAGCUGAUAUUCCAGAACAUCCAGAAUAUAAAACAUUAAUCAAACAACAAGAUGAAAAUUAUCUAUGGAAUAUUUAUCAAAAGAUCAUUAGUGUUGGAAGACCAGUAAC